CAGGCAUGACUAAGCUCGUUGUCUGAGCAUCAGUCUGUGAAAAAACUCGAGGCUGCUUUUUAUUUAAAUAAAAUAAAGAGUUAACAAAUCAGAUAAAUACCUAACAGUACAUGAAGUGGUGUGAUAUCUUCGACAAAUCUGAUGGGAAAAAGAAAAAACAAUGCAAAAUGCAAAAGGACCGACAAGAUUUCAUCCAGCAAAAUUACUGGAAGCAAGUAUCAUGGUUUGGAGAAUCAAGGAGCAACAUGCUACUUGAACAGCGUGCUGCAGGUGCUGUUCAUGACCAAAGACUUCAGAGCUGCUGUGUCCUCUUCUGCAAACUCUGACCCUGAAUGUAUUGAUGUCCAUCUCUCAAGUUUGUUUAACACUUUACAAAACAAAACAGCAAAAACCCAGGUCAUUACAGACCACCUGAAGAUCAGGAAAGUGUCUGAACAAGACGAUGCUGCUGAGUGCUUUGAGAAGAUUUUAAGCUGCAGCAGCCAGCAGGCUUUGCAGAUAUUUCAAGGACAGCUGACACACAGAAACACAUGCUCCAAAUGUCACACAGCCACAUAUGAUGAUCAGCCAUUUUGGAGUUUACCUCUUCCACUGGUGGAUUCUGACAAGGAUUACUGUUUAAUGGAUGGGAUCCAGAGUUUCUUUGAAGAAUCAAACAUAAGUGGAGAGAGCCAGAUGUACUGCAACCAGUGCAAAGCCAAAGCUGAUGCUACUAUUAAAGCUGAUAUAAAACAUCCCCCACAAGUUUUGACACUGCUGAUGAAGAGAUUUAAGUUUGACUACAAUCAUAUGAAAUAUGUGAAAAUGAGUAACAAAGUGGAGAUUCCCAUCAUCCUACAGAUUCCACAUAAUGGAGACCAGAGUCAAACAUACGAGCUGUAUGCAUGUGUGCAACAUUCAGGUGAUCUGAAACAUGGACAUUACACGGUAAACAUCAAACCUCAUGAUGAUGAGAAAUGGUAUAACUUCAAUGACACCACAGUUACAUCGAUACCUCAGGCGGAUUAUAAAAAGAGUUCAUUCAGAUCCCAGAAUGCCUAUCUGCUGUUCUACAGGAAAAGUUCUGCUACAGACACUUUGUCUCAAGACAUUAGUGAGGUUUCCACAUCUAAAGACCCCAAGAAUGACAAUGAAGACAAGAAUAAGCAGCCUGAACAAGAUGUAAAGACCGGGAAAAGACAGAUGGAUAAGGAUGCUGCAGACAGUCAGAAAACUGACAGUAGUAGAAAAAGUAAAAGAAAGAAAGCUUCAAACGGGGGCAAAGAUAGCAAGACUCUAACUGAUGAUAAAGGUAGCACAUCAAUGAGCCAGAAAAGCAGAGAAGCUGUUGAAAAUCAACAGAGUAAACGAAAUCAUGAUCAACAGAGUAAACAAAAUCAUGAUCUAGACAGCAAAACAGACAAAUUAAUUUGUAAUCCUCCUGCAUGUUCUUCUGAGGAGCAGAAUGGAGAUAAGGAGGAGUGUAAGAGAGGUGAUGAUCAGAAACUAAGAGGAGAACAGUCAUUGAGUCGCUGUAGUGACAGUAAGGUGGACCAGGACAAUGUGAAAUUAGAUCAUGUUCGUCAAUUUGUCAGUGAGGUGUCUGAAGACCCCAAACCCCACACCCAGGACAAAAAUGAGCCACGUAAACAAGAUCUAAAGACUGGGGAAAGAAAGGAGGAUGAGGAGGCAGAACCUGCAGACAGUCAGAAAACUGACAAACAUAAAAGUAAAACUAAAGGGAAAAAGGGUUUCACAAUGGGCAAAGAUAGCAAGACUCUGACUGAUGUUAACAGCACAUCAGUGAACCAUAAAAGCAGAAAAAAUCCUUCAAACAUUCAGUGUAAAAAUAGUACUGUCAGGGUCCAGGAUGAUGGAAGAUUACAGGAAAGAAAUAGUCAAAACCUAAGUCCUGAUAAUAGUCAUAGCAGACAGACCUCUUCCCAGAUUAAUCAGAAGUAUAAUCAUCAAGUCAGUGAUAGAAGAGACAGAACAGAUGCUGUUGAGUAUCAGCGAAGUAAACAAAAUCAUGAUCUAGAGGGCAAAAAGGACAUCUGUGACAAAUCCAUUUGUAAUCCUCCUGCAUGUUCUAUUGAGGAGCAGAACAAAGAGGAGGAGGAGUGUAAGAAAGGUGAUGAUCAGAAACUAAGCAGAGAACAGUCAGAGAACCACUGUAAUGAGGACAGUGGGAAAUUAGCUGAUGUUAGUCAAGACAUCAGUAAAGUCUCCACUUUUGAAAUUUGCAACCUAAAUACCAGUAAACAACAUGAAGAAUCUAAUGAGAAAAAGCUUGUAAAUGUUAGAGACGACCAAGAUAGAGAGACCAGUGUGGAAAUACAGGAAGAUAAGGAGAAGAUGAUGUGUAUAGGUUUAUUUGAGCUCAGAGGGAGUCAUAGAUUUAUCAAGAAAAUUUCCCUCUGCAAUGAUCAGACUCAGAAAAGGGGAGAAGAUGGUGUUAGUAAAAACACUUUCAUGAAUAAUGAAGAGCACAAGCAGGCUACCAGUAACUCUGUGAACAUUAAAAAUGAGCACUGUGAUGAGAGUGAAGGGAAUCAGGAGUUUGGGAAAUCAGAUGAAUUUUGUCAAAACAAACUGAGGGAAGAUCAGGGACAAGAAGUGAACACACAGGUGAUAAAAGAAACAAAAGAGGAUCAAAAGAGUGACCCAGUGACUGAUAACAUGGACACUCUGUCAGGUCGUUUGAAGAACUUAAGUCAGAGAGAUUCAUCAGAGUCUAAGGAAUCUGGUAAUAAAUACACAAAUGGAAAAGUUGAAAACAAUACAGAGAGUUUAACUGAGUCAAGUGCUGAGAAUAGUGAAAACUUCUUACUUGGUACACAAACAGAAGUUGACAGUGAUAAAUCACAUGAGUCUGGUAGAAAAGGGAGAAAAAACAAGAAGGGACAAAACCAAACAAUCAUGUAUAUCGGUCUCCCCAGUCCCAGGAUGAAAACCACUAAUCAGAGCUCAUAGACAGCAUGGAAUGAAGAAAAACUUUGGACAGAAUCUAUUCAGUUGUUUACAAGAUACUUGGAUUGCUUCUAUUUUUGUUUUAUCUGCUGUCCAGAUGUGUUGUGUCAGCCAAAAAUGAUAUGGCAUAUUGUAACCUGAUCAUUCAAAUCAUUGUGGACAUUUCAACCAUCAACUUUUAAUAGAAAAGUCUUAAUAUUCUUGUAUGAUAUUAAACCAAAGGUAAUCACAGCUUAAUUAUUUGUGUUAAAGUUGUAAUAGCACACUGGAAUAUGUUAAUUACUGUUUUUUUAAAUAAAUAAAAUUCUUUGU